UAUAGUCUGUGGUGUGGACUGACCCUCCCAAACGCUAAACCAGAGUGUGUGGUUACAGCGGCUAGUAGGUUGCUCAGAUAGUAGCGGCAGUAGAAUUUCUCCGGUUAAGAGGUAUUCUACCACCGAAAUAUUUUUAGAGACAUUAUUUUAAUGUCGAAAAACUACAUAGUGUUGCUUUAACGAGAGGGAGAAGAAGAAUCUUCAAUCUUGAAGAUUUCGCAGUGCUGUAAGAUGAAAGUCGUCUUCCUCUUCGUCUUGGCGUGCUCAGUCGCUGUGUGUGUUGCUGAGUUGAAGUUGGAGGCAACUAACGGCGAUGAUGUUACUAUACCCUUCAAAACUGCUGAACUGGAGAGAGCCGAUCAAGUGAAAAUAACUUUUACAAGAGACGAUCAGAAAAAAUUGAUUGCGCAGUACUGCUGUGCUCACUGCUGGGUCUGUAUUCCUGUGGAAACACCGGGAGUCUUACUGCGAAUUGAAGAAGGAACUGCGUCCUUGAUUCUUCUAGAUGUCAGCUCCAGAAGCUCAGGCCUUUAUAAAGCACAAGUCUUCAAUGGAAAGCAUGUGUCUGAGAUACAAGCUACACUUGUUGUCAAAGAACCAGCAUUGUCCUCCACCAAAGAGCCACCACAGACCUCCACCCCAAAACCUCCCGACACCGCUGGACACCUGUGGCUGUGUGCUUUACUGAUUCUUCCAGUCAUCCUGGGACUGGUUGUUUGUUUCUUCUGGAGGAAAAAAAAAAGCAGGAGGGAACGUGAGGCAUUACCUGAUGCUGAAGAAGCCAGAGAAACCCCUGCUGUCUCCAGACACAGCAUCUGCAAAAAAAACAUGUGUAAAAUAAAUUGAACAAAUGGCAGUGAGUGCAGCAGUGUCCUUUAAGGCUUGUAGAGAAGACACUGAAGAUCAGCUCGUGGACACCUGACUUGAUUCUGAGUGUCUUGACUAAGCAAUGAUGUCACACACUUCCUCUUGAACUGAGGAGUCAAAACCACAUUUAGUUUUUUGAAUUUGUGAGAAAAUGGACAAUUCGUAAGAUGAGAUGAGGCUCUUUGCGAUUAUUUGAUGGGAGGCGCAUUACAAAUAAUGUUAAGUGAAGGGACAAUCGUGGACCUGCUAGAACUUUAUUAAUACUGCAUUAAGUUCUGUUCUGUUCUGUUAAGUUACUGGCCGUUACAUACUAAACAUCACUCCAAACACUUCAGCCUCAAUCACACUCUUGGUCUAAAUCUGAUUUUUGUGCAUGUCUGAUUGGAAUCCAGUUGUAUUUAGUAAAACUGUGAACACGACACAACCGUGGUGACACAUUAACAUCUAAAAGCAGUCUGCUCUAGACAACUCAACAUCACUGACAUAGAAACCAGUGCAGAUAUUCCAGAAAAUAACAGCAAUAGAUUGCCCCCUACAGGUCAAUCAACCCUAGCUCAGUAUAUAACAAAGACAAUCAUUUAUUUAGAUAUGAUUUCAAUCAGAUACACACAUACUCAGAGUUGGACGGAGAGUGAGAAUGUAGCCUUUGAGGCACUGAACCCUUUUUAUAUUUAUGGAGUGAGAGAAAAUGUAUUCACUCAAAAAUAAAGAUUUAAUGGAGAAAGUAA